CCCCAAACUACCACCAUGGUCUCCCUGCGCUUCCCAUUCUCGUUUUCUCAGCCCCCAAAGCUCCCCAACCCCACAUCCACAUCCCGCCGCGUCUCCUCCGCCGCGUUCGUCGCCGCAUCCGCCGCAGCCUCUGCCGCCGCCAUAGCCGCUGUCUCCCUGGAUCCAAAGCACCCAUUUCUCCAAAAGGCGCUGAACCGCGCGUUCUCGCCACUCUGGGGCUCACUCUCUCUGGCCGACAACUCGUCCUCAAUGGUGGUCGAGUCCAAGACCGGGGUCGAGUUUCCUUCGGUCCUCGGCGACUCUCUGGGGCUCCUCGGAAUUGGGUUGAGGAAAAAGAGCGUGUUGGGGUUGAAGAACAUCGAUGUCUAUGCAUUUGGGGUUUAUGCCGAUGAUAAUGGUGUAAAAGAAUUUCUGAGUGAGAAAUAUGGAAAACUAUCCGACUCUGAGUUCAAGGAAAACAAGAAAUUCAAUGAUGAUCUCAUUGAAAAUGAUAUAUGUGUGACUGUUAGACUUCAAAUAGUGUAUGGCAGAUUGAGCAUCCGUUCUGUACGUAGUGCUUUUGAAGAGUCAGUAGGGAGCAGACUCCAAAAGUUUGGGGGGUCAGAUAAUAAAGAAUUGCUUCAAAGGUUCACUUCCCAGUUCAAAGAUGAAUAUAAAAUACCACGGGGGUCUGUGAUAGAUCUGUCAAGGGAACACGGCCAUGUACUUUGCACAAGAAUUGAUGGAAAGGAGGUUGGGAGUAUCCAGAGUAAACUCCUGUGUCGAUCAAUUCUAGAUUUAUAUAUUGGUCAAGAUUCAUUUGAUAGGCAAGCCAAAGAAGGCAUUGAGCACAAAUUGGCCUCUCUCCUCCAAAAGUAGACAUGGCGAUCGAGAUGAAGAAUUUUUCCUUGCCAUCAAAUUGUGUUUGGAAGAACUGGUUGGUAGCCAGGCCUCGCGCAAUUGAAUUGGUUGGACAGCUGAUCACAAGACGAUACGGAUAGCCCUAUGGACUGAGAUACGACGGGUUAUCAUGUAGUACUCUUGCUUCCAUUGUUAAAAGAUUUUACUUUUAUCAGACUUGGCAAAGUAGGGCUCGAUCUACUUGAUAUCCACAAUUGAACCAGUGUACAUUGCAAUACUGGCCUUUUGUCUCAAGUUUCUUUCUUUUCUUUUCUUCUCUUUUAAUGUACAAGUAAAUGGUUGGUCUAAUUGUUAUGAUAAUCAUUUGUAAUGAAUUUUAA